ACCGGUCCGCUGUUUGUCCCUUCCGCACGUAACCUAUAAAAAGCUGGGAGAGAAGAGACGGACGGAUCGCCCGCGAACUCAUCACCGGACAGCCGGACGGCGCGCGUGCAAAGUUCGCGGCUUUAAAAAUGGACGACGAGAGCGACCACGAGACCACGAUCGAGGAUGACUAUUACACGUUCCUGAACAUCUCAAGAAAUGCUAGUCCCGAGGAUAUCAGCAAUGCGUACCGCAGACUUAGUAGACUCUACCAUCCGGACAAGCACGCGGAUCCAACGCUUAAAAAAGAAGCGGAAAUUCUUUUUAAUCGAACGAAGAAAGCUUACGAAGUGUUGAACGAUCCGCAUCAGAGAGCAAUUUAUGACUCACUGGGAAUUCGCGGAUUAGAGACAGAAGGAUGGGAGAUUGUGCAGCGUACAAAAACGCCUCAAGAGAUUCGUGAGGAAUAUGAGAGGCUGGCGCGGGAGAGAGAGGAGAGACGACUGCAGCAGCACACCAAUCCUAAGGGCACUGUAACAGUAAACAUCAAUGCCACUGAUCUUUUCACUAAAUAUGAUGAAGAUUACAACGACAGCAAUGGCUUGUUCUCGUGUAUCGAGGUCAGUGGGAUGUCAUUCGCACAGUCUAUUGAAGCGCCCCUCACCUUGAGGGACACUGUAACUAUGUCCGGUCAGCUUGGGACCCAAAACGGUACAGGUUCCGGGUCCAUUAAUGUCUCAGCAAAGCGACUGAUAUCCUCGAAAGGUUGGGUCGAAGUUGAGGUCGGUGCUGGCAACGGUCCAACGUUCUCCCUCAAAGCAUUUCGCACAUUGACAAAAAGAUUAUUUUGCGACGGAGCGACAAUACUGCAAUUCACAUCGCAUGGCGUGAAGGCUGGCUACGUUGGGACUCUUGCAAUGCAAUUGGACAAACAUACGGUGGGAUACCUCACGUAUAGAGCUGGCAUUCAAGACGCCAUGAGCACCAUGAUUGUAAGAGACACAUCUCGAUCGUAUACGGCAUUUUCUCUACAUUUCGGACUUAUACAUUCUUUCGUCAGCCUUAACUAUACUUAUAAGAUGGAAGAAAAACAACUCAAGCUUCGUGGUAGUGUCAAAGCCGGAACAUUUGGUGCGUUUCUCGAGUACGGUGCAGAAAAGAAGGUCUCCAAACAUAGUUCUGUCUCGGCGGCCGUGCGCAUCGGCGUUCCAACUGGUGUCACGUUAAAACUCAGAUUGAGUCGCGCCUCGCAAGCGUACACGUUCCCCAUCCAUCUGUGCGACGAAGUUCUUCCAGCUCCGAUCUUUUAUGCCACUGUGGCACCUAUAAUCACCUGGACGGUCAUCAAAAAACUCGUAAUCGAUCCCAUUGUGAAAGAGCGGACGGAACGCGAGAAGGAGAAACAGAAAGAGCUUAACAAAUCCAGAAUGAUGGAGAAGCAAAGGGAAGCGAAAGCAGCCACCGAACUCAUGAAGGAAACCGUCAGCAGGAUAAGAGCUGAGGAGGAAUCCAAGAAAGGACUAAUCAUUACCAAAGCGUUGUAUGGUCGAUUUGUUUAUCCCCAGGAUAGAACUACUGCAGAAGAAAGUGGACACAGAGAUGAAAUGAUAGACGUAACGAUUCCUCUGCAAUGUUUAGUCAAGGAUUCUAAACUAAUCCUGCACAAAGCAUCCAAGAGUCAAUUACCUGGAUUUUAUGAUCCAUGUGUGGGAGAAGACAAGCAGCUUUUGGUACAAUAUCUCUUCCAUACUCAAACACAUGAAUGUGUUAUACAGGAUGAUGCAGCUCUGAGGAUACCAGUCUCAUCACACAAAGUGAACACUACUUGACAUACAGAUUCAACAUUGAAAUCAAAAACCAGUCGUCGCAAUUCCCGUCAAUGAUCAUCGUUAUUUCGGUGUAGAUUUGUUCAUUUUUAGAGGUUUAAUUUUAUAUAAAGGGUAAAAAAAUUUAGUAUUUGUUAAUCCUUCAGCUUUGUAUAUUAAGAUUGUUUUCAGUAAUUGGUAUUUUAUUAUUUAAUAAAUAAUUAUAGUAAUAUUUAACUCUCUAUGGACCAACUCGCGUCAUAUUGAUAACUUGAACAAACUUUUUAGCCAUGGAUUGUUCGACUGACUCUGCUUUCGAAAUUUUUUAAUACCCAAAAACCUUCUAAAAAACACAACCAUCAAUAAUUCAGUUGAUCUGAUUAAGCAAAGAAAAACAAGUUGGUCUGCAGAAAGUUGAGUAUAUAAGGUGUAUCUCACAGAAACUUUUCAAGAAAAAUAUUCUAUCGGGAGUGGAUUCUCUAUGUAUAGAUAUUUAAUUGUGCAAAACUUUUAAUUAUGAGUUACACCGAUAUGUACUCACUUUGCUCAUUGAAAUCGUAUUCCAAGUACUUUAGAGAGAGAGAGAGAGAGAGAGAGUAAAACCUGGACACAUCUUAUUUACUGCCUAUAGAAGUGUAAUGACAUGCUACAUGAAAUACUGCAUAAUGUAUUAUAAUUCCAAGGAUCAUAUUGAUCUUUUGACAGCCAUCUAAAGAUCAUUAUGAAUAGAUACAAAAAUAAUCAGCCAUAGCUAUGUUAUGCAUAUUAUUGCAUAUAGAGAAAAACAUUUGUUAAUUAAUUGCACAGUUGAUUACUGAACUUACACCGGAAUUAAAGUAUUAGCGUACAAUUUACUCUUGUACAAAAUAGAUACGAUUUCAGACGAUAAAAAAUGUAUAUAAUUAUAUACGUAACUUUGAAAAAUUAUGUAUAUAAUUUAUAAUAGUAAUAUAAAAUACAGAUACCCAUAUAGCCAUCUAUUCUAUAUACCUAUGUAAAGUAUAUUUGUAUGUACGUUUACAAAUAGGGAUUAUAAAUAGCUCGAUAUUAUAAUCACGAAAUAAAUUUGUUGAGUUA